AUGGCGUCCUCUGAGACACGCAAAGACGGCCUCACCGCAGACGACUUCAUUGCCUAUGGAUCGGCCUCUGUGGAGAACGGCUUGACCGAGUCUGCCUCCGCGAACGCAGUCGCGCCCACGGAGCCCUUGAGUGGUCCUGUCUCCCAGACAUCUAAGCGUGGCGGUCGACCCAGGCCCACAGAGCAGAAGACGGUAGGCAUGCCCCAGUGGUACAUCAAGAAGAUCCAGGACAAGAACGCGUCGAGGAAACAGAUGGCGGACCUGCAGGCCCUGUUGCAGAGUGGGGAUCCGGAUCGCAGCUGGGUCCAGCAGUUCGCAGAGCUGGGUGGUAUGGCUGUACUCGCCUGCCGGCUGCAUCAGUUGAGCCGACGGAGUUCGCCACGUCAGGAGGACACCCAUGCCGAGUUCGAGGUCGUUCGAUGCAUCACGUUUAUUCUCAAUCACCGGUCAGCUACGCGGGUCGCGCUGGCGCAGCAUCCGCAGGAAAUCGUCACGCGCAUUACUUCAGCACUCAACAUCCCUCACCUCCCUACUAGACGACUUGUCCUGGACAUCCUCAUUUUCUUGGUUUACUGGAACGAUGGCACUGGCUAUCAAAUGGUCAUCCGCGGACUUGAAGCCUUGAGUGAGGACAACGGCGAGUCUGGUGGAUGUUACGCGUUUUGGUUCGCUUCGCUCCACUCCCUUCUCGCCGGCCGCGGCAAGAUGUUGGGCUCCCCCGUUGGUGCAAGCCCCGACUUCAGGCGUUCAGGCGCGACAUUAGAAGCGAACUUGACGGAGUAUCUGAUGUCCAACAUUCUCCUUAUGAACGGGAUUAUGCAAGCAAUCGACGAUCUCGACGUCCGACUACACCAUCGUUCUCUCAUGGAGUCUUCUGGUCUUUACGCUAUUCUUGACCUGGCGCGAGGCUUCAACAUACCUGGCAUCGAUAAACAACUUGAGCUCUUUCAGCAGACCUUGGAUGACGAUCAACAGAACCUGGAAGAAUCUAUGUCUCUGGACAGCCGCUGCGACCUUCGUAACAUUGACGAAGUCUUCAACAUCCUUCGCGAGCGGACACACGACUCUAAAGCACAGGACUAUCUUCUGUCUACCCUGCAACACCUCCUAUAUAUACGCCAAGACGAUGCAACUUUUGUAAAUCGCUUCCAGUUGAUCGGUACCUUGGUAGCCGACUUGGUUAUGGACGAGAAGCUUGGUGGUGGCGAAAAGCGUCUUGGUCUCUCUGUGGAACGAAUUGUUGCGCAGCUCGACUCCGUCCAGAAGGCUCAUCACUACGAGGAGGAGCUUGUCAAAACGCGCAGCGCUAUGGUUCAGUUGAAGGCGGAAAACGAGGAUCUGAACGACCGCUUGGCUUACUCGGAGUCUCUGGUCGGCGCCUUUCAAGCUGAAGUGGCGCACUUACAAGUAACUCUGUCCAGCUCGACUUCCAAAUCGCCUUCGAAGAUUUUGAACUCGAAUUCGGUGUCUGCGCCUCUUAAAGAGAAUCUCCCUCCUGCGCCUCAGCGGAGCUCUACGUCCCCUUCUGUGGCUCGUCUCAACUUCCGCGGCUUUGCUUCUUGGUUUACUGCGCCCGUUCCACAAUCGGACAGCGCCCCGUCUCCGGCGGUUACAGCAGAGCGCACUUCUAUUCCAGGCGCGUUCGGCGACAAUUCGAUGACAAACAAUACCUAA